AACAUUGCCAAGUUAAAAUCAUUUUUGUUGUCUCUGUCAGAUAUAUCAGUUGUGUUAACAGCAAUGGCAUUGUCAUUGAUCUUCGCUCUAUUGACAAUUACUGGAAGCAUAGCAUCUGACAUUACCCACUGUGAUGGAUUUUCGGAAAACAACACAUGUUCGCAAACGUGUUUCCAACUACCUUGCACGAUGCGAUGCGGCCUGUCAAACACGAAACAUGAUAAGUGUGAGCAGCAAUGUCUUACAUCGACAUGUGACCUCAUGGAAUGUGAAGCGUCGGAAAGCUGCAAGCAGUAUUGUAUUGGAAACUCGUGCAACUCCAUGGUAUGUCAUGCAGAAGUGUGCAGCCAAGAUUGCACUGCUGGCAAAUGUGACAUGAUUUGCUCAUCGAAGGUAAAAGAUUGUCAGCAAUCCUGAAUUGCUGGAAACUGCAAGUUCAAGUGUGAUGCCAAAAAUUGCAAGCUGGACUGUUUCCCAGGGACUUGCAGCGAACUAAAAUCAUCCACCGAUUCGCCAACUACAGUGAAAGGAGCAGAUAGCCAGAACACAGAAUCCGGAACCUCUCAGACUGCUUUGCACCUGAAAAUCAUCUAUGGACUUGCUGGUUUAUUAGUAGCACUGAUCAUUUCUCUUGCCUGCUGGGUCAUUUUCAAAAGAUGGCGUCACCAAGAGACAGCGCCACUAAAUGAAGUGCCAAUAACAACCCAGCCCAGUUUAAGGGUUUACGAAGAUAUUCCAAUGCACCCUGCAGCAAAAAGCCAAACGUGUAAAGCCCUUAAAGACAACGUAGCAGGAGAAAUCAAACUUCACCACGAACCAGCAAAAUAUAUCGAUAUGCCAAUCGCGAGACAAUCCGUCCCUGAGGAUCAAAAUUACGAUGACAUUUCGGACAGUUUUGAACUUGAUCGUGACCAAGUAAAGCUGGUACGGUUACUGGGUACUGGUAAUUUUGGUCAAGUGUCCAAAGGAACUUACGGAACUUCACGAUUGAAUGUUGCAGUCAAGUCACUAAAAGAUAAUGCGGAGCAGAUGGACAUACGAAACAUGCUCUCUGAAGCAGAUGUUAUGAAAUCGUUGCAGCCUCAUCCUCACAUUGUUAGACUUAUUGGCUACUGCAUUGAGAGAGUUCCGCUGUUGAUUGUUUUGGAGUAUUUACCAUACGGGGAUUUGCUUGGAUACCUGCGCAAGAGCAGAGGACACGAGGACACAUACAACUCAGGAGAAAAGAGGCCAAAUUCAAAACUGCAAGAAAAGGAUUUGCUAUCUUUUGCUUGGAUGAUAGCUGAUGGUAUGAGCUAUCUAGCAGCGAUGAAGGUUGUCCAUCGUGAUUUAGCCGCUCGCAAUGUAUUGGUAGGUGAGAACAAAGUCUGCAAAAUUUCUGACUUUGGAUUGGCACGCAGCUUAAAGGGGGAUAUUUAUACAAGAAGAUCUCAGGCCCGUCUUCCAGCUAAGUGGAUGCCUCCGGAAUCUCUUUUCUCUGAUGAAUCCAGUACUAUGAGUGACGUAUGGUCAUACGGCAUCGUGAUGUGGGAAGUGUUUACCAUCGGUGAGUCGCCUUAUCCUGGUAUACCUGCUCGACAAGUGGCUAACCUGCUGCAGACAGGAUACCGCAUGCCGAGGCCAAGGCACCUCUCUGAAGAACUCUACGCCAUCAUGACUGAGUGUUGGGAAGAGCAGCCUCAAAAGAGGCCAACUUUCCAGUGGCUCUGCUUUGCGGUCAGAAGACUGCUGGACGAUCAAAAGAUGUAUCUAGACUUGGACGAGUAUGAUGACAAGGAGUACGUUAACUUCGACAUGAAAAUUGAAGAGUAAUGAUGAAGAUCCCAAGAAGACAGCUUAACAAAUUUAGCUAAAGAAGCUAUUUUGAUAGUGGAAAGCGAAUCCUGAAAAUUUAGCAAAACAAUUUCAACUUUUCAUUUACAAUCCUUCUUAAUUUUUCUCUAUCUUAUAAGUUCUUCCUUAUCGAUUUUUUUUUGUGGUUUACUCUUACUGUAAGUUUUCCUGCAAUUGGGAUUUAACUUUGUACUACACACUACUCCAUUUACUCACUGCUCCACCACUAAAAAUCCUGAAACAUUUUUAAGUGCCGACCUGGCCUGUUAACUGUAAAAUCAAAAUCGAUUGUCCUUGAAUGAAAUUAGCUCCAAAACUGGCCACUCCAAGAGACUGAGUACAGGUUACCAGCAUUGGAAUUCCUGGGAUGGUUUCCAAGGCAACCAUCCACCAUAAGACCUCUUGUAGAAUCCGGUUGUAUGACCUUGUCAUAGAGAACAAAAUCCGUGGUAUGGAAUAUAAACAAGUUGGAAAUGAUGUAAGUCAUGAAAUUAGUAAGGCUGCCAAUUUUGAAGCCACAAAGGCAUGUUAAUUACAAUUAAAUAUCGAGGUGCGCACCAGCUUUCCAAGCGAUUCCACAGUUUACUCCCCAGUCUCCCUGAGGUGACGACUUACUCCUAUUCACGACAUUGUGGCCUUGGCAUGUCUUCUGCUAAAAAAAAUAAAUUUUCCGAAUAGUCUAUAGUCUCAAUAACCUGUACUUGAUAGACCAUUAAUGCUGUUCCAUAUUGAGAGAAAUGCAUGUUUUCUGCUAGGUUUUGUAUCAAGUGGCUUUGAGUUUUCCGAAAUAUUGCAUGUCUGGCUGUGACCCUUUGCUAUUUCAACAAUUUUGCAUCAUUUUGGUUCAAGAGAGUGUCUAAUCAGCGCUAUGCGCUUCCAAUAGAAAUUUUAGCUUUGUCAUGUAGUGUCAAAACGAUUUUAAAGGGUAUAAUCAGCUGAGUGUUUUGAAACGUAGAGUGCUCAGUCUCAAAAUAAUGAUCACAAAUUGCCGUUUCCGUUAUAGAUCUACAUCAUAUGACCAAUUUCUACCAAUAACUUGAUAGAAAAAAAAAGACCUUUGCGUAGUCUAGUUUCGUGAUUUAACACCUCACUAUUGACACUGUGCCAACUGAAAUUGCGUAUUAAAAAGUGUGCUUUAUCUACAAGAUAA